AUGAGUCAGUACAAUUUUGUGGUAGACGCUUCUGCAUUCGAGAAGGGUCUUGGUAACAUUAGAAGAUGGUGCAACGGACCCUCAGAGAAGCUAUCCAUCAACCUAUAUAUCCCCACGUUUACAUUGAGGGAGCUAGACUUCCUUCAACAUAGACGUAAAAGUUUUUCAGCUAAAGAAUCCUUGAAAUAUAUUGAUACUCUGACGAACAUAUCAGAUUACGGUAAUGGUCACGACGAUGAAUCCUCACAGAAGGUCGAUAUUGUUAUAGAGUUCCCAGAAAUUCUGGACAGUAUCAAUUGGGACGACGUUAAUGUCAACCAGGUAGGAUCACUUGAUAGACUACCAAGAAGAUUGAAAACUUUAUUGAAGAGUGCAGCUUAUAAAUGUUUAGAUAUGGAUGAAAAUGAUCCCUUACGUUGGAUCUUACUUACAGAGGACCCUCAAAUCCGUGAAGCUGCUAAGCUUUGUGAUAUUCCGUCAUGUUCAAUUGUUGAUGUUGACAAUAUCUUAUCAAAGGAGUUGAACUUAAAAUCCUUCCAAAAUAGUGAAAGGUUUAAUAAGAUGAUUAAAAAAAAUGGAACCAAACAACAAGAUGAAAAUGGUGGGGAUGUUGUGAUGACAGAUUUUAAUAAGACAGUAUACGCUUCAAGGGAGAAUGGGAAAUUAUGGACACCAUAG